AUGGGUGGUAUCCUUCAUCUCGUUGAGGAUCGGCCGACGCCCAAGAGCGUCUACAAUUGGCGUGUCUACCUCCUCGCCGCCAUCGCAUCAUGCGGUUCCAACAUGAUCGGUUAUACUAGUGCCUUCAUUGGUACUACAAUUGAUCUCUCCUCCUUCCAGGAGGAGUUUGGCACAGACAAACUGAGCUCUGCAGGACAGGACUUGAUCAGCGAAAAUAUCGUCUCCCUCUUCAUUGCCGGUGCCUUCUUCGGUGCCCUUCUCACAUACGCCCUGAGCCACUGGAUUGGCCGCAAAGUGUGUUUGAGUAUCUCUUCUGCAAUUUUCAUCCUCGGAGCUGCCCUUCAGGUUGGUUCCUCGAGCAGUACUGGUUUGGGUAUGAUGUACGCUGGUCGUGUCUUGUCUGGUCUGGGAACCGGUAUCGCCUCCAACAUUGUCCCUAUUUACCUCGCUGAGCUGGCUCCUCCUGCCAUUCGUGGUCGUCUCGUCGGUCUGUAUGAACUUGGCUGGCAGCUUGGUGGUAUGCUGGGCUUCUGGAUUAACUACGGCGUUGAGCAACAUCUUCCCUCCGAUCGUGAACAGUGGAUGAUUCCCUUCGCCAUCCAGCUGAUUCCCUCCGGUUUCCUGUUCCUGGGAUCUCUCUGGAUGCGGGAAUCCCCCCGCUGGCUGUUCCUGCACGAGAAGCGCGCAACGGCCAUGAACAACCUCUGCUGGAUCCGUCAAUUGACUCCUAGCGACAUCUACAUCACUGAGGAGGUUGCUGCUAUUGACGCUGCCAUCGAGGCCCAAAGGGCUACCGUUGGCAUGGGCUUCUGGCAGCCAUUCAAGGCUCUUCGCGAACGCCCCUUGCUCUGCUACCGUCUGUUCUUGGGUUGCAUGCUCUUCUUCUGGCAGAAUGGAUCUGGUAUCAACGCCAUCAACUACUACUCCCCCACUAUCUUCAAGUCUCUGGGUGUUCAGACCAACACUGUCGACAUCAUGACCGGUAUCUUCGGUGUCGUCAAGGCUGUGAUGACUGUUGUCUGGUUGCUCUUCCUGGUCGACCAAUUCGGUCGCCGCAAGCUCUUGCUCGUCGGUGCCGUUACUGGUUCCAUUUGCAUGUGGAUCAUCGGUGCCUACGUUUACAUCGUUGAGCCCACCAAGCACAACAUCACCUCCCUCAACGGCAGUGGUAUUGCCGCCAUCUUCUUCUUCUACCUGUGGACCGCUGUCUACACCCCCACCUGGAACGGUACUCCCUGGGUUAUCAACUCCGAGUUCUUCGACCCCAACUUCCGUUCCCUUGCCCAGGCCUGCACCACCUCUAGCAACUGGCUCUUCAACUUCCUCGUCUCUCGCUUCACCGAGCAGAUGUUCGCCGCUAUGGGAUACGGAGUGUACAUGUUCUUCGCAUCUCUCUCCUUCCUGGCCUUCUUCUUCGCCUUCUUCCUCAUCCCCGAGACCUCCGGUAUCCCUCUGGAGCGUGUCGACCGUCUGUUCCAGUGCAAGCCUGUCUGGCGCGCCAAUGAGCAGCUCAAGGAGAUCCUCCGCCGGGAGGACGAGGAGUUCCGUUACGAAAUUAAGGACCACGCUGUCCACCAAGAGAACCAAGAUGACUCCGAGGGCACCGAGAGGGUCUAA